ACGGCCAGUUGAAAUUCUGCAGUUUUAAAUGUGUGUUGUGGAAGGGUUUUUUAGCUGGUCCUUAUUUUACGAAUAAUUACAUAGUGAGGAUCACUAGAACACGAACGAGAUUUUGUUAAUUAUUGUGAGCUUGGAGGGAUUGUACCGGUCAAGCGAAAGAUGUUGUGGUACGUUGCCGGCAUCGUUCUGUGUGCGCGCGCGGUAUUGUCGAUGGUCAUCAGCUUCCCGCCUUACGCAGCAUUACGCGAGGGAACUAGUACGUUCGGAGCGCAAAGCUUGGAUGAUCGCUACUAUUCAUGGAGAGAUCCCAGAAAUAUUUUAUACUAUAUUGAUGAUUCUUACAAUGAAGGCGAAGCAGUGAUGUUACACGGCGCGAUGAUGUCGGUGGCGGAUAAUACGAAUCAAUGUUUGCACUUCCGUGAGUACGAUCCCGAUACGGAUGCCGGAAAAGAUUUUUUAUACAUCUCCAAAACGCUGAAUGAUGGCACCACACCGCCCACCUGUGUGACGUUUCUGGGUCGCGUGAACCGCGCGGCGGGUCAUGGCCAGAAGCUGGUGAUCCACAACGGCGAGAACGGAUGUAUGGGAUCGUUGCGGGAUCUGAUGCGUAUCAUAGUGAAUGCACUGGGACUGCGCAAUGAGUAUCGUCGGCCCGACCGCGAUCAGUACAUUGAUGUCUACCCGGAUAACUUAGCUCCUGGUUUAAAAGGUAGCUCAUUACUGGAUGUGUAUAAUGAAUCGGAUGCCUAUUACGGUAACUUCCCGUUUGAUUAUUUCUCCAUCACGAUGCCCUCCGUGACUAAGUACGCGGCCGACAACGCCGUCAUCUACAGUCUACCGGGAAAUGGUACCAUUGCUUACGUGGAACAUCUCAGUCGGGAUGACUGCAUGGGAUUGGCUUGGAUGUACGGCUGCGACGCACAAAAUUGCACAGAUCCGUACCAAGAUGUGGAUGUGAAUUUUUCGCCGCCUAAAACUUCGGACGAGCGCAACGUCAGCUAUGUACUCCUGGCACCGGCGGAUACAGUGACCACCCUGACCCCACCAUCCGGAAAAGACGACAAUAUGUUCCACGUCAUGGCCCUGGACAAGAAGACUUCCAAUAUCCUCGGCAAACAGAUGGGUUUGUCGGGUGACGCCAUGAGUGGACAAGUGAAUGUGACCUUUGUCACGACCGGGAAAAACAGUAGUGCCGAUCAGAAUAGCUUUGUGCUCAACAGUCAGUCAUCGGUGGCCGGUGUCCAGCCACAAUCCGGCUCAGCGGUGACACUCAAUUUGAAGAACGUGUCGAACGCUACGGCGUUGAUUGGUAUUUAUGCACCGACAGGAUAUAAAGGCGAAGUAGCGUCGCCGGCCAACAGUUCGGCUUUGGUGGUUAAUUUAAGCAGCACGGAUCUGUUGACGACGCCAUCGACAACUCUGGCCGCCCCGACACAGGCCACUACCGUCAGUUCCUUUUCCCAGCCGCUUCUUCCCUGAUUUCUUUCACUAUUUGGAACAAUUAGUGCAUUGGUAAAAUUACAUACUCAAGCGCGAAUCGUGCAUUGCAGUACAGCGUUAAACUCUCUAAGACAGCGAUUAAAUACUAUCGACUAAAAUAUUCUAAUGAUGUAUACGUAUUUUGUCUAUAUUUUACAAGCGGAUGCGAACUUUAAUUACUCGUACGUUAACAUGGUGCAGCAAAUAAACCCAUCGCCAGCGCAACGUCCUUGUGCAAGUGAAUGCUUAGCAUUUAAAUAACCGUUAUGGUAGUAACAGCGCUAGUUAUUAAAAUUUUUAACAACUAACAAGAGAACUUUGACUGCAUAGAUAUUUUGCAUGCAAUAUAUAUGGCGGACGUUUAUAGCGAAUCUGUUUAACUAUAUAGCCCAAAAUAACAAAUCAUUAUAUUAAUGUGCACAUGGGAAUGAAAAAGAAACGACGGCUCUGUAUGGUGCGUAAACUGAAUCAAAUGACAGGCGGUAUAUAAAUAUUGCAUUGCGAGGUGCUAUGUGCUGCACUGAGGAGAACUAUCCCAGCGAUGUAAACGGUGCAUGACCUUUAAAUUGCUUAUUUAUCC